AUGAUAGAGAAACUGGCACUCGCAUUAGUGCAUGCAUCUAGACGUCUCCGAAGGUAUUUUCAAGCUUUUAAUAUAGAAGUUCAGACCGACCUCCAAAUCCAACAGAUUCUCAGAAAGCCAGAAGUUUCCGAGUGUCUCACCAAAUGGGCAAUCGAGCUUAGCGCUUUCGAUAUCACCUACCGAACUAGAGGUCUGGUAAAAGGUCAAGCUGUGGCGGACUUUCUUACAGAAGUACCAGUUGGAGAAAACGUCAAAGAAAAAUCAACUCUUCCAAAAAUAUGGAACUUGUAUACAGACGGAGCCUCCAGCAAAGAAGGGUCGGGGGCCGGUUUGAUACUGAUAGACCCGGAAGGGAUAGAGUACACUUACGCCCUGCGCUUUGAGUUUAAAACUUUGAACAAUGAAGCGGAGUAUGAAGCCCUCCUCGCAGGACUCCAAACCGCGGCCAAGGCGGGUGCAACCUUCGUACUGGCCCAUGUCGACUCAUUACUUGUUGCCAACCAGGUUAAUCAAGAAUACAAAGCGCGGGAAGAGAAUAUGAUCCGGUAUUUGAGCCAAGUCAACAGUUUGAUCUCCAUGUUCGACUCCUGCAAAGUAGUUCACAUACCACAAAGCAAGAAUAAGAAGGCCGAUGCUUUAAGCAAACUUGCCUCCGUAGCGUUCUGUCACCUGUCAAAUGAAGUGCUGGUUGAAACCCUGCAAGCUCUGGCCAUCCAUCAGGCGGAAUCCGUAAUGUCCGUCUCCGUACAGGAAAAAUCAUGGAUGUCCCCAAUCCUAGACUAUUUGAGAGAUGGCACACUUCCAGAAGAAAAGGGCCAAGCUCGGAAGUUAAAGUUAAAGGCACUACAGUAUCAAAUCCAUAACGGAAAACUUUACCGAAAGACCUUCCUAGGUCCGCCUCUUAAGUGUCUGACUCCGGAGGAGGCUAGUUAUGUUAUAAGAGAAAUCCACUGGGGGAUAUGUGGCAUCCACUCCGGACCAAGGAUGGUCGUGGCCAAGGCAUUGAACGCCGGAUACUUCUGGCCGGGUAUGCACCAAAGCACCGUUAGUGAGUUGCAGUCGUGUGAAGAUUGUCAGCGGCACGCUCCCGUCAGCUACCGAGCAAAAAACAAUUUGGUUCCCGUAACUUCCGUAUGGCCAUUUCAAAAAUGGGGAAUUGACAUCGUUGGUCCUUUCCCAGUUUCCACGGGAGGAGUAAGGUUUUUAUUAGUGGCCAUCGAUUAUUUCACAAAGUGGAUAGUGGCUAAACCUCUCCGAACUAUCACCGGGGAUCAAGUGCUAAGGUUUGUUUGGGAAAAUAUAGUAUGCAGGUAUGGAAUGCCGCUCUGCAUCAUCAGCGACAACGGGAAGCAGUUCGCAGAAAAGCCAUUCAAAACUUGGUGCGAAAGAAUGCACAUCGAACAAAACUUUGCUUCAGUUGCUCAUCCCCAGGCCAAUGGGCAGGUAGAAAGAGCCAACCGCAGUAUUGUGGAGGGCAUAAAAAAGCGCCUGGGGAAGGAAGGUGUUUCUUGGGCUGAUGAGCUUCCGCACGUCCUAUGGGCUCACCGGACGAUGCCAAAAACAAGCACGAGGGAAACUCCCUUUAGUUUAACAUACGGAACAGAAGCAGUCAUUCCCGCCGAAGUCGGCAUACCCACUCCCCGCAUGCAGCAAAGUCAAGAAGUAAAUGAACAAGAACUCCGCCUGAACCUCGACUUGGUUGAAGAAAGAAGAGAAUUAGCGGCCAUCCGAGAAGCAAAAUACAAAACAGAUUUGGAAAAACAUUACAACUCUAAAGUAAAGGAGGUCCGAUUCAAGGCUGUUGGCAGAGGGAACGGGGAAAAUGGCUCCAAGAUGGGAAGGACCGUAUCAAAUCAAGACUGCCGGGAAAAAUGGUGCUUAUACGCUCUGUAA